AUGACCGAUACGAAAAUCCCCAAAAACCUAACCUCCCAAACCGUUUCCCCUCACCCACCCAUAACCCUCACACAUAUAAACCAACGCAAUUCCAACUUCUCUCACAACAAAAUCUCAAACGCUCCACAACCCUCAAACCAAAACCUUCUCCCAAUUAUGGAUCGGAUCAAAGGCCCGUGGAGCCCCGAAGAAGACGAUGCCCUAAAGAACCUCGUCGACCGCCACGGCCCGCGUAACUGGUCUCUCAUCAGCCGUGCUAUCCCCGGCCGGUCUGGUAAGUCCUGCCGCCUCCGUUGGUGUAACCAGCUUUCUCCUCAAGUUGAGCAUCGGGCUUUUACUCCUGAAGAAGAUAGUCUCAUCAUCAGAGCCCAUGCCCAGGUCGGUAACAAAUGGGCCACAAUAGCCCGGUUACUCUCCGGCCGAACUGAUAACGCUAUUAAAAACCACUGGAACUCAACUCUCAAGCGUAAGUGUUCGUCUUUCAUGGCUUCCGACGAUUCAUCCUUCAAUCCUCCGCCGCUCAAACGCUCUGCCAGCGUCGGCGCGCCGGGGAGUCCUUCCUGUUCUGAUUUAAGCGAUUCCGGAAACCAUAUCUUCCGUCCUGUUCCGGUUCGAUUACCUGUCGAAUCAAUAACAUCCGAACGAGAGCAGGAAAGAGAACAGGAGGAAGAUGACGGUCUGUUAACAUCGCUUUCGCUCUCGCUUUCUCUUCCAGGCGUGGAUAAAUCAGAUGUGGUUAACCGUCAACCGUCGAUAAGCCCUUCUCCGAUAAGCGCUGUAACGGCUUCUGUGGCGGCGAAAGUUUCUCAGGAAGUUGGAAUCGGAGCGUUGAAUUUGAGUGGUGAAUUCAUGGCGGUUAUGCAGGAGAUGAUAAAGAAUGAAGUGAGGAGUUACAUGGAAGAGCGUAAUGGAAUGUGUUUUCAGGGAGUGGAUAGGCUCAGAAACGUUUCUGCUAAACCAAUUGGGAUUAACAUUAGCAGGGUUGAUUCCUAA